GCAGUUCGUCAGUUGGCUUCUUCCUCAGAGGAGAAAAUCCGUUGUUGUGGAGAGGAAGAAAGGCCAACAAGAAACCCGAAGAGCUUUUCACGGACAGAUCGCUCGCGUUUAACCCCAUUUUUUGCGGGUCGUUUCCCCCCCCAACUUAUUCUUUCCCGUUUACUUUAGCUAAAAUGGCUUGCGGAGCUACGUUAAAGCGGUCGAUGGAGUUUGAGGCCCUCCUCAGUCCCCAGUCUCCCAAGCGGAGAAGGUGCAAUCCACUACCGGGGAGUCCAAGCACUCCGUCCCCGCAAAGAUGCAACCUCCGUCCCCCAGUCGACAGCCCGGUGCACUCGAUGUCUCCCCCGGCCAUCAGUGGCGAACACAGGCUCACCCCAGAGCAAAUCUUCCAGAACCUCCGUCAGGAGUACAGCCGGAUCCAGAGGCGGCGGCAGCUGGAAGGAGCCUUCCAACAGACGGAGGCCUGCAGCAGCAGUGACGCCCCCAGCCCCAGCUCCUCCCUCAGUGCUCCCAGCUCCCCACCAGGUGCCUCAAGGAAGGACCAGCCCUCGUUCACACUGAGGCAAGUGAGCUACCUGUGCGAGCGCCUGCUCAAAGACCACGAGGAGAAGAUCCGGGAGGAGUACGAACAGAUCCUUAACACAAAACUCGCAGAACAAUAUGAAUCGUUUGUGAAAUUCACACAAGACCAGAUCAUGCGAAGAUACGGAGCUCGGCCUGCGAGUUAUGUGUCCUGAGCUCACAUCAGUGAGAUCCCACUUUUCCUCUCACAAGAUGGCUGCUCCUCUACUGCCUCCUUCCAGUUGAUUUACAUUUUAUUUCCCUAACACGCCCCCCCUCCUCCUACUCCCCUCUCAAACUGUUUGGGUGCCAUGGUUUAUCCACUUUUUAAUCCAAAUGUUGGUUUCGUACUUCAAAACAAUUGCUGCUGGCCAAAAGUUUCUAAGAAUCUGACCUGUGAACUCAGUAUGAAGCCCGCUUUUUUUUCUCUCCUCAAUUUCAUCUUUAAAUUCUUUUAAUUUCUUUUUCUCUCCCCAGACUUAAGCUGAUAUUUGUCGAAUCUCUUGCCGGCGCUGUAGAAAAAGCUUAUUGGCUCGUGACCAUGCUGUAUAAUCCUCCAGCAGCUGUAUUUAAUGGCUCCCGCUUCUCACCUCGUUCCCACUUUUCUUGCUCUCCCCACCUCCCCCUGCGCCUCCUCCCACCUCACAACUCUUUACCUGAGAAUGUGGAUUUUUUUCCCUUUUGAAGAAAAUAAAGUUCUGUGACUAAAAGUG